AUGCUUCGAACCGUCACGGGACGUGCUGCUGCCACCUCGGGGCUUGUGAAGUCGGUGCUGCCUCGGGUGUCCCGAGCUACGCCCACAUGCUCGAUUGCCCCGCAGCUGCGACUUCAGAAUAAGACUGCUUCGGCCGGCCUGCGACUCUCCAGAGCCAUCCACAGCACCCCCGAAACAAUGUCCCAGACACGAACUGAGAGCGACGCCUUUGGCGAGAUCCAGGUCCCCGCCGACCGCUACUGGGGCGCCCAGACGGAGCGUUCUCUCGAGAACUUCCGUAUCAACCAGCCCCAGGACCGCAUGCCCCCUCCCGUUAUCAAGGCUUUCGGUAUCCUCAAGGGUGCUGCUGCCACUGUCAACAUGCGAUAUGGCCUCGACCCCAAGAUCGGUGCCGCUAUCCAGCUGGCCGCCCAGGAGGUGGCCGACGGCAGGCUCAUCGACCACUUCCCCCUCGUCGUCUGGCAGACCGGCUCCGGCACUCAGUCCAACAUGAACGCCAACGAGGUCAUCUCCAACCGUGCCAUUGAGCUCCUCGGCGGCACCAUGGGCAGCAAGAAGCCCGUCCACCCCAACGACCACGUCAACCGCAGCGCCUCGUCCAACGACACCUUCCCCACCGUCAUGCACAUUGCCGCCGUCCUCGACCUUGAGGGUGAGCUCCUCCCCGCCCUCCGAAGCCUCCGCGAGGCCAUCCAGAAGAAGGUCGACGAGUUUGAGGCCAAGAAGAUCAUCAAGAUCGGCCGCACUCACCUUCAGGACGCCACUCCCCUCACCCUGGCUCAGGAGUUCUCCGGCUACGUUGCUCAGCUCGACUUCAGCAUCAAGCGCGUUGAGAGCUCUCUCCCCGACCUGCGACUUCUCGCUCAGGGUGGUACUGCCGUUGGUACCGGUAUCAACACCUUCGAGGGCUUUGCCGAGGCUAUUGCUGAGGAGGUCACCAAGAUGACUGGUACCGAGUUCAAGACUGCCCCCAACAAGUUCGAGUCUCUGGCCGCCCACGACGCCAUUGUUCAGGCCCACGGAUCCCUCAACACCCUCGCCGGCUCCCUGACCAAGAUCGCCCAGGACAUCCGAUACCUUGGCAGCGGUCCCCGUUGCGGUCUUGGUGAGCUGAACCUGCCCGAGAACGAGCCCGGCAGCAGCAUCAUGCCCGGCAAGGUCAACCCCACCCAGUGCGAGGCCCUGACCAUGGUCUGCGCUCAGGUCAUGGGUAACAACGUCGCUACCACCAUCGGUGGCAUGAACGGCCAGUUCGAGCUCAACGUCUACAAGCCCCUGGUCAUCCGCAACCUCCUCCACAGCUCCCGCCUGCUGACUGACGGUAUGCGAUCGUUCGAGAAGAACCUGAUUGCUGGCCUCGCCGCCAACGAGGAGAAGAUUGCCAGCAUCAUGAAGGAAUCUCUUAUGCUUGUCACCUGCCUUAACCCCAAGAUCGGCUACGACAUGGCCAGCAAGGUGGCCAAGAACGCCCACAAGAAGGGCCUCACCCUCAAGGAGAGUGCCCUGGAGCUCCAGGCUCUGACCGAGGAGGAGUUUGACACUCUUGUCAAGCCUGAGCUGAUGGUCGGCCCCAGCCCCUACAAGGAGUAA